AUGAAAUAUGAUAAUUUCAACCAGGAUGAUACUUGUUCUCAAGUACUUAAAUCAGAUUACGUUGGCUUGUUGGAACACCAAAGAAAUAAGAUUCACCCGAAAGAAUAUCAUUUAGAACCAUUAAUUACCUCUCUUUGA